GACAAUCCAACACAACAUCGCGACAUUAUUGACAUUACCGAUUUACCACCAUAAUCUAACCACAAGAUACGUUGAUAGUUACGUGUGUAUUCGCGGUCGUUCCUAUACCGGUGAGUGUCGACCGGACUAUAUUAUACUUCAUCCGCGUUUGCUGAUAAACCUCCACACAAAUACAUUAUGCAGCCAACGAGAGUUGCGGCCGUGUGCUUACUGUUGCUGGCCAGUCGCGCGGCGGGACACGCGAUCGGCGAAAAUCGCGCAGACUACGAAGACGCCGGAACCGCUGCAGACCGUAAGAGAGACGCCUCGCAGCAGCCGAGGGUUUUGGACAUGGAGUCGAUAUUUGCGGGUUUCGCCAAGUCUAUGAUCAGCAGAACUGGAUCCACCAGUAGUCAAAACCAGCACUGUAUAAAUCCGGGUGUAAAAAAGAGGUCCACCGGCCAGGGUAUCUGCAAAAUGUCUUCCCUGACCACCUUGUCCAGUCCCUGUCAGUUUUUCAAGAUGGCCCUUGGAUUAUGCGAUCUACCCGACAUUUUGAUGCUCAGCCUAAACAUGUCCAACGUGGUUCUGAUGCUGGUUCUCAAGGGACUGAUCUGGGGAGCGUCGUACAUGCAGGGGCACGGUGGCAAAAGCCGGAAGGACGGACCGGAUGCGGCGGGCUUAGCCGGGACCGGACUUUUGCAGAACAUGGUCACUGAGACGGAUUUGCUGUUGUUCCUUGGAUAUUUGGUAGCCGAUGAAUCAGGUCGCUACGAUUGCUUGAACCGCGUGGCGUGUGAACAACCGGCCAGGGCGGAGAGUUACUUAAAGAGCGCCGAAAUGGUCUGGAAAACAGCGAAAUUAUUGGAUGCUGUGGUGCCGUUAGACGCGAAAUACGAGCAAAUGUUGAUCAAGUUGCAAGAAGCCAUUGAAGACGGUAGGGCGGACGGAGAUUGUCAGGCCAAAUACAAAUGUUCCGAGUCGGCCAGCACCGAAGAUAACUUUAACCUGAUUUAAAGCUUAAAGAAAUUAAGUGAGAUAUCGUAGGCAUAUUAUGGUUUUUUUUUGUUUGAGUACAUUUUGUGUUUUGACCAAAUGAAAAUGACGUGUGCGUAAGUCAUUGUAAGCAUUCGAUUGUUAUUGUAUAUUUUAUUCACACAAUAACGCACGUAAAAUAUAAUAGUAAAUACUAAAUAAUAAUAUUUGAUAUUGCUAUAAAUUGUUUUUUUUCAAAAAUCGUUCGUUUCAAUUCAAUGUGGGUACCUACAAUAAUCGUAUAUUACUUAUGCUAUUUGAUGAACAUGAGUCAUGACCUCAUUCAAAAUAAAAAUGUUAUUAUAUCUGCUCGUUAAUUUCUAUCGUAGACCAGAACGAUUAAUGUAUACCAACUAUUGUACCUACUAGUUUCAUUAAUUUGAUUCAUCAUACGACCUAUAUUCAAGUACUAUAUCUGAAAUAGAGAUGAUUGUUUUUUUUUUUAUAUUAUAUAAAUAAUAUUAUAAUAUUAACUUGUAUGUUAUGAUUAAAUAAUUUAUAAUGUAUUUACUAUUAUGUAGAGUUUUGUUGUUAAC